AUGAGGGAAAAAUUUGGAAUUUGGGUCUUUGUCUGGUUUGCGCUCCUUGGGUCUUGUUUGGCGAGAUUUGUAGUUGAGAAGAACAGUUUGAAGAUUACGUCACCCGACUCGCUGAAAGGAGUUCACGAAUGUGCAAUUGGGAAUUUUGGGGUUCCCGAGUAUGGAGGUACAAUGGUCGGAACUGUCUUGUACCCCAAAUCGAACCACAAGGCGUGCAAGAGUUUCGACGAUGGCGAUGUUGCCUUUAAGCAUAAGCCUGGUGGCAUUCCAAUUUUCUUACUUGCUGACAGAGGAGAUUGCUUUUUCACACUGAAAGCGUGGAAUGCUCAGAAAGGUGGGGCUGCAGCUAUUCUCGUGGCCGAUGAUCGGGUCGAACCUCUUAUCACCAUGGACACCCCCGAGGAAGAGGACGCUCGUGCAGACUACCUGCAAAACAUAACUAUUCCUUCUGCUCUCAUCACCAAGGACCUUGGUGACAAAAUCAAAAAGGAACUAGCUAAUGGGGGUAUGGUCAGCGUAAAUCUCGACUGGAGAGAAGCUCUCCCUCAUCCAGACGAGCGUGUCGAGUACGAGCUCUGGACCAAUAGCAAUGACGAGUGUGGCCCCAAAUGUGAUGCCCAGUUGAAUUUUGUCAGGGAUUUCAAAGGGGCUGCCCAAAUACUCGAGCAGAAAGGAUACACUCAGUUCACCCCGCAUUACAUAACUUGGUACUGUCCUGAAGCUUUUAUACUGAGCAAGCAGUGUAAGUCGCAGUGCAUAAAUCAUGGGAGGUAUUGUGCUCCGGAUCCCGAGCAGGAUUUCAGCAGAGGGUAUGAUGGGAAGGAUGUUGUGGUGCAGAAUCUACGCCAGGCAUGCUUUUAUAAGGUGGCGAAUGAGAGUGGGAAACCGUGGCUAUGGUGGGACUAUGUGACCGAUUUUUCGAUCCGUUGCCCGAUGAAGGAUAAGAAGUACACGAAAGAGUGUGCAGAUGAAGUCAUCCGUGCACUUGGCGUUGAUGUUAAGAAGAUAGACGAAUGUGUUGGAGACACUGAGGCAGAUGUUGAUAACCCAAUUCUAAAAGCGGAACAGGAAUCACAGAUAGGGAAGGGCUCACGAGGAGAUGUUACUAUCUUGCCAACUCUUGUUGUGAACAAUGGACAGUAUAGAGGCAAGCUGGAGAAGGGAGCAGUUCUCAGGGCCAUUUGUUCAGGUUUUGAGGAGACUACAGAACCCGCCAUUUGUUUGACCAGAGAUAUUGAAACAAAUGAAUGUUUGGAGAACAAUGGUGGAUGCUGGCAGGAUAAGGCUGCCAACAUUACUGCUUGCAGGGAUACUUUCCGGGGAAAGGUAUGCGAGUGCCCCAUUGUGCAGGGUGUGAAAUUCGUUGGUGAUGGUUAUACUCAUUGUGAAGCUUCUGGUGCAUUGAGAUGUGAAAUAAACAAUGGAGGAUGUUGGAAGGGAACAAAAGACGGAAGAACAUAUUCUGCAUGCGUUGACGACCAUACAAAAGGCUGCAAGUGUCCGGCAGGUUUCAAGGGUGAUGGAGUUAAUAGCUGCGAAGAUAUCGAUGAAUGCAAGGAAAAGCUGGCUUGCCAGUGCCCAGAGUGCAAAUGCAGGAAUACUUGGGGGAGUUUUGAGUGCAGUUGCAGUAACAAUUUACUAUACAUACAUGAACAUGACACGUGUAUAGGUAAAGAAUCUAUUGCACACUAUAGCUGGAGCUUUGUGUGGGUGAUUAUUCUCGGUUUGGCUGUAGCAGGAGUUUCAGGGUAUGCACUGUACAAGUAUAGAAUCCGGCGGUACAUGGACUCUGAGAUUCGGGCAAUCAUGGCGCAGUACAUGCCACUGGACAAUCAAGGGGAGUUUCCCACUCACAGUCACACGACUCAGGGGAAUGUUUAG